UACAGUAGCCGACAUCCGUGUAAGUUUGUACAAGCUAAAGGUCUUCGGCUACUAGUAAGCAAUGAAAAUUAUUCACCCAGUACGCUGGUUGAAACUUAUAUUUCAAGUGAGGGGCAGCUUUGCCGAUCAAAUAAUUGCAGCUCAAUUUCAAGGAAGCAUCUUUCCGUUCUUAACUACACCUCUAUCUGCUCUUGGGAAGUUUCUCUUCGAAAGGCGAAGGGUAUAAACACAGAUCUCCAAUAUGUCUCAAACUCAAACUUCAACUAUCUCGGCCGAACGGCUAGGAAAGAUUCCUCAGUAUAUUCAAUUCCCAGAAACUAUCCAUGAAUUAGACUGGGCCGACCUUGCAACGCUUGAUCUUUCAAAAUUCAAUACACCAGAAGGAAAGCAAAAGCUUGCUCAACAACUUCAAAAUGCCAUCCAACAAAUCGGCUUCUUCUACAUAACCAACUUCGGCCUCACCCAAGAGGAAGUAGAUCCUCAAUUUGCCAUCGGCAAAGAAUUCUUCAAUCUCCCAACAGAAGAGAAAUUGAAAUAUCGGGCAGAUCUCGAAAAUGGAGGAUAUAACGGCUACAAACCGCGAGGACUUCGGGAGAUAGUACCAGGUCAUUUCGACAACACCGAGAUCUACAAUAUCCCAAAAUUCAUCCCGCAAUACGAGCGACCUCAUCCGGCGCUAAUCAAAGAGAACUGGCCUGAGAUUGAGAAGUUUGGAAGAUUCAUACAUCAUGAAAUUGUGUCGAAACUCCUCGUGCUUUUCGCUAUCAUCUUGGAACUUCCCGAAAAGUAUUUUCUGGAGAGGCACAGAUAUGACGAGAAAAGCGACUGCCAUCUCAGGUAUAUGAAAUAUCAUCACCGUACGGCAGAAGAGAACGAGAAGUUGAAUAAUGUUUGGGUGAAAGGCCAUACCGACUUCGGAUCCCUCACUCUACUUUUCCGUCAGCCAGUCGCAGCAUUACAAGUUCGGACCCCACAAGAGACGUGGAAGUAUGUGAAACCAUACCCUGCAUCUAUUACCGUUAAUAUCGCGGACUCGUUGUCCUUCCUCACAAAUGGGUACUUGAAAUCGAGUAUCCAUCGAGUCGUGGCUCCACCGCCAGAUCAAGCUCAUCUGGAUCGCUUGGGAGUUUUGUAUUUUGUGAGACCAGAGGAUGAUUUGAUUUUGAAGCCGAUCGAAAGCCCGCUUCUGGAGAGAUUGGGUUUGAAAGGAGAAGGAGGCGAUGGGGUGCAUUUAACUGCAGGCGAGUGGGUGAAAGCUAGAGUGGCGAAAAAUGUGAACAAAGCUGGAGGGUCGAAGGAGGCAAGUGGAGAGCAGGAGAUCAUCAAAGGAGUAAAGGCCAAGUACUAUGACUGAGCUAUAGACAUCUCGCAGACAAACCUACAAAGACAUGUAGGUAUGAGGAACAUAGGCAGAUGGAACCUGAAAAUUGGAAAUUGAAAAGGAAGGCGGUCGGAGAUGCCCGAGAUCCAUUGUGAUUGGAUAGGUUGAUUCCACUGUCAGUGCAGCUGUGCAGAGAGUACGCCGAAUCUCUCACUGAAAAGUAAAUGCAGAUAACAUAC